AAACUUGUGGAAUCAUCUUCCUCUCUCACAAGUGAAGCAACAACAGGGCAGUACAGCACAUCAGCUGUUUCAAGUUCCCUAAAUGAGUUUUACUUUUGCAAAACAAGCCCUCUGACUUCCCAGAUUCAAUGAGCCUCACUAUGAGCAACAUGACCAGCAGCCACAUUUGUUGUAAUUUUUUAAAUAUGUGGAAAAAAAGCAAGAUAUCAACCAUGUAUUACCUUAAUCAAGAUGCCAAAUUAUCUAACUUGUUUCUCCAGGCAAGCAGCCCAACGACAGGGACAGCUCCCAGGAGCCAGUCAAGGUUGUCUGUCUGUCCAUCUACUCAGGACAUCUGCAGAUCUUCCAUCUUGCAUGACAUGUCAGAAGACGCAUUUGAGCACUGUACCCCUGUUGUGGUGCUGAGCCAUGCUAGAAAAGAGUCUGGUAAGAAACCAGUAAGACAAAAUCCUAGGAGAAGGAGAAGGGUCUCUCAGAGAUAUGAACAUGCAGCAGAGCAAGCAAAGGAGAAAAGAAAUGACUUUCGCCUCCAGAUCUCAAGUCCCAGGUGGAAAGAACUUGAUAUGGAGUCUUCAGAUACAUCUUCCACGGAUGAGAGUCACUGGGUUCAGGCAAAAAGACAAGCCCAGGUUAAAUUCAGACUGUCUCGGCGGAGGAGAAAUACUAGUAAGCCAUGUGGAAGUGUGGCUAGGUCUUCUACUCCUGACAGAAUUGAACUUGUGGAUCUGGGAUCCAAAGGUGAAAAAUACCAGGAGCUGACAGACUGUGGGAGUCACUCUUUAAACAUCUGUAGAGGAAAUGUCAUAAGGUACCAAGAAUGCAGCCAUCCACUGCCAAGGGGGUCCUUGGUGGAGAAGACAACCCCAGGGAGCCACUCGGGGAGUAAAGGCAAAUACUGCCGCCAAGAUCCUCAGCUCUUGCACACACUUAGGCAAAAAGAAACUAUCAAAAAGAGAUUUUCAGAAACUGAUUUCAAUACUGAAAUCCUGGCAGCUGCAGAAGGGGGCACGUGUGUGGAUGACACAGGGCUCCAGCAGAAUACCUCUACCCAGAAGCCUCCUGAUGCCUAUGAUGAUGGCUCUGAUAAUUUCGAAGUAUGCAGGAUCUGUCACUGCGAAGGAGAUGAAGAGAGCCCACUCAUUACACCCUGUCGCUGCACAGGAACCUUGCGCUUUGUCCACCAGUCCUGUCUCCACCAGUGGAUCAAGAGCUCAGACACACGAUGCUGUGAGCUCUGCAAGUAUGACUUCAUAAUGGAAACCAAGCUCAAGCCCCUUCGGAAGGUAGGGCAGACCUGGGGUGGGAGGGGCUUGCAGAGUGGCUGCCUUUCAAACCUCAUGUCCUUUGAUAAGACUCCGCCAAAAAAACCACGGAUAUUCAUGGAGGAUGCUUGUCCUGUAAAGGACUCAAUAGCUAAAAUACAGCCAUGUCUUUGCAAGAGUCGUAGGCCACUCCUCACGCGCUGCCCUCCGCAGCACACACAGCUUGUCUACCAGGUUCCGGCCGGCUCCACUCCACUGCUGCUGCUGUUCUUGGUGGACAGCAUGGCCCUGGCAUCUCCAAAACUGCUGAGGUUCCUUGCUGAAGCUGGGCUGCACCUUCACCAGGAGCCUCUCCUUGGCUGUUCUCAAGCACUCCAGCCCUGCCACACAGUGCCAAACAUCAGCUGCCGUUCAUGGACCCUUCAUGUCUUCAAAACCAGCACCAUGUGGGUGACCCUUAUGCUAUCAAGUUCAGCUGCCAGCACAGCCCGAGAUGAGACAUGUCUGGUACCCCACACCUGGAUCCCUCACCUGGAUCCCACACCUGGAUCCCACACCUGGAUCCCACACCUGGAUCCCACACCUGCAUCCCACACCUGGAUCCCACACCUGCAUCCCACACCUGGAUCCCACACCUGCAUCCCACACCUGGAUCCCACACCUGCAUCCCACACCUGGAUCCCACACCUGCAUCCCACACCUGGAUCCCACACCUGCAUCCCACACCUGCAUCCCACACCUGGAUCCCACACCUGCAUCCCACACCUGGAUCCCACACCUGCAUCCCACACCUGGAUCCCACACCUGGAUCCCACACCUGCAUCCCACACCUGGAUCCCACACCUGCAUCCCACACCUGCAUCCCACACCUGCAUCCCACACCUGGAUCCCACACCUGGAUCCCACACCUGCAUCCCACACCUGCAUCCCACACCUGGAUCCCACACCUGGAUCCCACACCUGCAUCCCAUACCUGGAUCCCACACCUGGAUCCCACACCUGCAUCCCACACCUGCAUCCCACACCUGGAUCCCACACCUGCAUCCCACACCUGCAUCCCACACCUGCAUCCCACACCUGGAUCCCACACCUCCAUCCCACACCUGCAUCCCACACCUGGAUCCCACACCUGGGUCCCACACCUCCAUCCCACACCUGGAUCCCACACCUCCAUCCCACACCUGGAUCCCACACCUGGAUCCCACACCUCCAUCCCACACCUGGAUCCCACACCUGCAUCCCACACCUGCAUCCCACACCUGGAUCCCACACCUCCAUCCCACACCUCCAUCCCACAUCUGCAUCCCACACCUGCAUCCCACACCUGGAUCCCACACCUCCAUCCCACACCUCCAUCCCACACCUCCAUCCCACACCUGGAUCCCACACCUGGAUCCCACACCUGGAUCCCACACCUGGAUCCCACACCUCCUCUUCCUCUCCUUCUCAAUCUACAUUAUGGCUGUUGCUGCCUCUUUCACUGGAGCAGCAGUUAGUGCUCCUGCCUCUUCCUUGCAAGGACUACACAAAUGCUCCAUUCUCAAAGGUGUGCUGGAAUGGCCAUUUUGGACAAAACUGGUUGUGGUGGCUAUUGGCUUCACGGGAGGUCUCGUCUUCAUGUAUGUACAGUGUAAAGUCUACGUCCAACUGUGGCGCCGGCUGAAGGCCUACAACCGUGUGAUCUUUGUGCAGAAUUGCCCUGAUACUGCCAACAAACUGGAGAAGAACUUCCCGUGUAAUGUGAACACGGAAAUCAAGGAUGCUGUGGUUGUGCCUGUGCCACAGACAGGUUCAAAUACACUGCCAGCUGCAGAGGGAGCCCCGCCUGAGGUCAUACCAGUCUGAUGGAACAAGAGGGGAACUUCUUCACAGAAGGCUCUUCACAGCCCCCAGCCACUACAAACAGAAGUGCUUCUGCUCUGGGGGCUUCUUUAUCUUCUCCUUUUCUCUACUGACUUGUCAUGACUUGGAGCCAAAAGGAAAUGAGAAGAAAAUAACAAAUGACCAGGAUCUCCAGAAGCAGAGCCUGCGGUGGGACCUGGAAAAGGGGAGUGUCUUGGGGAAUGAGUUCAUAAGGCAUGGUUGGCACAAGCCAGUCUUCCAGAGCGAUGGACGCGUGAUACUCCUUCAAGUAGUGCAGAGGAAAUCCCUGAACAGACUUCAACUGCAAUGUAUACUUCUUUGUAUGGUUCUGUAAUGUUAGCCUUCUCCACUGGAAAUCAGACACACACACACACACACACUCACACACUCACACACUCACACACACAAUCUGGGCUUAAGCCUGAAAUUGUGUGCCUCAUCCCUAAGUCACACCAGAAGCAAACUUGGAGUACUUGAGAGGGUUGUUUUUUUUUUUAAUACUUUGACAGCUGAUUUCUCUGGCUAUUGUGAAGUCUGGUUAUUUUGACAGAUGCAUGUUUUUAAAUGGAUGCAAUACACUUUUGAAGAUAGAAAUGUUUGAAAUUUUGUUAAAAUGAAGGAGAGAUUUUCAGAGCAUUGUGGAGUUUAGCUAUCAUUGUUUUUUGAGCAACUAUCAUGCCAUAUUUUUGAUUUUUUUCUGGUCCCUAUUACACAGUACUUAACAACAUAUAACAUGAGCUACAAAAUACAACCACAGUUGUAAAUUUUAAAUCUCCUAGUGUGCCCCAUUAGGAAAAGUAAAAAUAAAUAAGUCAAUUGAUUUUCGCUGUUUAGUUAACACUAUAUAUACAAGUUAUUUCAUGUCAUCAAUUAUAAAAUAGCUUUCAUUAUUUUCUUGAACCAAGUCUUCAAAAUUCUGCAUGUAUUUAUGGCACACUUCAAUAUGAAUGAAGUGUGUUGGACAGGAUUUAAAUAACAAUAUUGGUUAGCAGAGUCCUUGCAUUAGAAACUACAUUUGUUUCAUUUAAGUUGAUUAUUUUAAAGCAGCAGUUUAAUCCAUUAUUCUGCUGUGCAGUUUCAUUUAAAGGUGACAAUUUACAAAGCACUAAACUCACCAAAUUAUGUAUUCUGGCUUGAUGUCAACCUAGUUUCAAAGGGGUGAAUAAAACCAAAAGUGCAAGAAGUCAGUAAAAUGUGUAGCAAUGUUAUGAAGUCAACUUCUAUAUAGAAGCUAUAAAGUAACUAAGAUAGGGAAAUAAAUUAUUUUGCUACUAAAUCAGGUGUGUUAAGGUUUUUAAAUUCACAUGGAGGGUCAAUGUGACAUGGGUAUUUUAAUUAAAGAUCUUAACCCCAUGUUUAAACCUGAUAGUAUUUCCCUCACUCAGCUCAAAAGUAAAAAUAUCCUGUACAAUCCAUGGUGAGCGAUAGGCCGGGUUGUUGGCUCAACAGCUGAUUACUGUGCUCUACACAGAUUCAGAUAAACUGAUAUGAAUGAUCAACUGCAAUGAGCUGGGUAAAUACAAAGUUACCUGACAAAAAGAGAUGAUCACCUUUUUUAAAAGUGACUUUUGUUGUUGUGAGCUGUGAUUAUUUAUUAUCCUGAAAAGGCAGAGAUGGCCCUAAGAACCAAAGCAUGGGCAUCAGGUUGCACAAAUGUGGGUUCCACACUCAUGCACUUUGUAAUCAUCAGUGGUUGUUCUUCAUGGAUGAUGAAGGAAAAGGAAAAACAAAAGGAUCUUUCAACGGGAAGAGUAUUUGUAGUGAUUGACACUGGGUCCACAUAGUCCCACCCUUAGAAAUAAAGACAUAGUGAACAAUGUUAACUGUGUGUGUGACAUGUAUAUUCAUGUAUAUAUGCAAGAGAAAUGUUAAGGUCAAGUCAAGGAAAGGUUAAACACUGGUCUUUCUUAAAACUCGGGGGGACAUGGACAAAGCAAUGGACAUAAAUAAUCUGGACCAGGCCUUCAGCACAAAUGACAGAAGCUUUGUAUUAACUUCCUGCCAACUUUCCACUUUAAAUAUUUAAGAAUAGGAACAGCAAAGGGAGGAUGGAUUGUCCAUGACUUCACACAAAGGGACUGACCAUCAUUCAGUGUUUCUGUAUAGUUCCCCUUGCUCUUCCUAUGAUGACAAUUUGAUGUCUACCAAUACUGCACAAGGAGGGGUCUACCUCUUCUUGCAAGUGCAAACUAAAAUUGGUUUACCUUUUUACAGCAGGAGGAAAUGAAUUAUAUACCUGAAUUACCACAGAAAGCACUGUUUACAACCAAGAUGGAUAUUUGAAUAGCUUGUUUCACAGAGGAAGGCAGUUGGCUACACCUUAUUUUGCAAGAUGUACACCAGCACUAAAAUAAACAGAAUAAAAAGUAGAGACAAGCUUUGCUACAUCAAUGAGAAAAGAUAGCAAGCUGUUUUAAAGUGAUAGCUAAAUGCUUCAAGUAAACUAUCAUAAACUUUGUCUUUAAAUGAGUAUUUGAUAGAACUCUAAGGUAUGUAUCACUCAGUGAUUAUUCUGGUAUCUUUUGAUGCUUUGAAACCCACAAAUUUUUUCCUCUAAAUUAUUACCUGAAAUGACUAUGAUUCACACAAUCUGCCCUAACUAUUCAUAUAUAGAACAGCAGUGUUGGCGCUGGGCAUGGUAGGUACACACCUGUAAUCCCAACACUCUAAGCUUAGGAUCUCAGGGUUAUCCUCUGCUACAUAGUAAAUCCCAAGUAGAGGCCAGCCUAGGCUGCAGACCUUUCUCCAAACGUAAAACAAACAAAAAAGGUUAAGACUCAAAGAAUAAAGCCAGUAUUGAAAACAUCUUUUCACAAUGUGUGGUAAUGGUUUUUCCCUUAAUAACAAAGAAAAGGUUUGGUUUUGAUGGCCUGACUUACUGCUCAAGGAGAAAACCCAGCUUGACAGAAUGGCAUUAUUUUGAAGUGUGUUUACCUGCUCUCAUGUAAAAAAUAAAGUGACAUUGAAACAAAAUUA